AUGAAGACAUCAAAUGUUUGUGUUCUCGUAAUAUCGGCGUUAGUGGUCCAGGAAAGUAUUUUGAACUUCUACUCUAUGGUUUCUUCUGAGGAGGUUACUGAGCUCGAUAAAAUGGCAGUCACUUUGUUCCAUUCUCUAGUUGAUAUUUUUGAAAUACCAUAUAGAAAAAUUGAAAACAUUGUAAAUCCAACAGAAGCUGGUUUAAAAAAAGAACCAUUUUUAGAGGAUCUUACAAUGAAACUUAAACGGAAGAAGGAAGAAAUUGAAAAGACUUACAUGGAAUCGCUUACACCGGAAAUUAGAGAAUUGGAGAAGAAAAGAUUAAGCGAAUAUGUCAAUACUUCGCAAAAAAUAGUUAAAUCAAUUCAAGAUUCUAAUAAAAUGGCCCGGAGUAUGAUUAAUGCAUACUUCACCAACCUACCAAAAAAUGUCCAGAGCAAAUUAAUUGGGUUGGGGCAAGACCUAAAUAAUAUUUUACACAAAUUAAAGGAAUUGUCCAAAAAUGGUUCUUCAGAAGCAAAAAAUAAAUAA